UGCAAAUAUGUCAACGAUGGAUUUCAACAUUCUGAGGAUCGGUCAACAAAUUUAAUCAUGAUUUUGAACGGCAAUAUCAGCCCCCAGGCCUACUGGUUUUUGAAUCACACAGUGCAUCAUCAUGCAUAGAGGCAUACACAAAUGCAAACGUCCGCCAUUUUGGUGCGUCCCGCCUAAUCAAUCUUCCCAAAUAAAACCGGUUCUGUGAAGAAGUGUGUCCAAGUUUGAUAUCAGGACCCAGUGACGGAUAGUAUAGUUCAAGAAUAAAUAGGCGGACAGUUUCUACAAGUUCUCUAGUGCUGACAGCCGUCCUGGACAGAUUUCAAAAGCAACUUUACAUACUCUACCUUUAGAAUCUGAAACUUUCCGUCCGAUAGUGUCUGGAUCUGUGGAAGAAAUUGACCGAGUGGGUUCACUUCCUGUCUUUCUUUAAUGUUAGGGAGGUUAUUCCUAAACUAUGGGAAAAAGAUCUGUGCACAUUCUAAAUCAAGACACGUUAAUUUUAUAGGAGAUAUCAGGUUUCUAAACUUUGCAUCUAGUAUCGUUAAUACCAGGAAUAACAUGUCUGCUUCCCGACGUCUAAAGGACUUGAUUGUUUUGGUAGACAUGGAUGGAGUUCUUGCUGAAUUUGAAGGGUAUUUCCUCGAGCAGUACAAACAAAAAUGGCCUGGGGAACCGUUUGUGUCCCUGGAGGAGCGUCGAACUUUCUAUCUGUACGACCAGUACCCGGACUGUCGGGACAAAGUACAAGAUGUUUUGAACGAGCCAGGAUUCUUUCGCAAACUUCCCCCAAUAGAGGGAGCAGUUGAUGCUGUUAAGGAGAUGUCUACGAUGAACGGCGUUCAAGUUUUCAUUUGUACGACACCGAUGAUAAAAAAUUAUCAAUACUCGGUCGUGGAAAAAUACGAAUGGAUCGAAGAGCAUAUGGGUCGAUACUGGUUGGACCGUAUGAUAUUAACUUGUGAUAAAACCGUCAUAAAAGGGGACAUUUUGAUCGACGAUAAGCAUUUUAUAUCGGGUGCGGAGAAGCGGCCAUCUUGGAAGCAUAUAUUAUUCACAUCGUGUCACAAUCACGAUGUCCCUUUAAAGGGGCGAAAGCGCCUUGAUGGCUGGGUGCCACACAAGGCUUGGAUCGACCUCCUUGAAGAUGCCAAGGAAGACUUGCAGAGAAAACACUAAAGGGACAACUUUGAUGUGAGAGUGUUUAGGUAGGGUGAUAGUGUGCCAAGUUAAAUAAAAUCACCAUGUACUAGUUCUAGCUUGCCCUUUUUGGCGGAGAAAAAUCAGCAGGUUUGCCUAUUCCUUGAACCAUCCUUUGUUUCUCAGAAUUUGUAAGAUUUGUGAACUCGAAAGACCGUUUCAAACCCGGGC